GUAUCCCGUGGGGCCAGAAAGGGUGAGUGGUUGGCAACCUUGACAUGGUACAAUCCGACAAGACUGACCACAAUGAACGUCAAUGAGACAGGCGUCCCUUUUGUUCUCGAUGAAAAGUACUUCUGAUUUUGAAGACGUCCUCAACGAAAUGAAGCGGUGGGAAGUGACUAUGGCUUCCAGCAGGCAUGGCUUCGGACACGGUUACUGGAUAAGAAGAGAACAGCAGGGUCUUCCCUCCAUUGCUCAAAUCAAUCCUCUGACUGUGGCCAAGUCAUCCACCAGACGGCUCCGAAGAUACAUCACCAACGCGCGCCCGGGCCGGCUGAUAGAUCCCAACAAUCCGCACCUAGUCCAUUCAGUGAGCAUUACAAACCAGCUGACUAAGAGUUCCCAAUCAAUCCAGUACCUACGCCAACCUCUAUAUCUUCAACCUCCACAAGAAUGGGCUCCCGGACGUCUCCUUCAACGCUCGGCAAGCACUAUUGCAGUUUCUGGGAUGCUUGAAGAAGGUGUCUACAAAAUCAGCAAACUGAAAUCAAACCCAAUCGAUCGAAUUAGGAUGAGAAGGCUCCCAUCUUCUACGGCAGGGGAAGUAGCACCCACAUUGCCAACACAACUGAAAAUUGCCAGGCAAACUUCGGGACCAAGUUCAAGCACCGUCAAUGCAACUCGCGGCUCCACUGUCGAGCAGCUGCGACGCAGGUCCCGAGUCCGUCUUUCACAGUUCAGCAAACACUAUCUGGCUGGCUUGACAGAAGCCACUAGGAUAUGGAAUGAACACAUGAGACGGGGUAAAGAGGAGAGUGACUUGGUGAGCGACCUUGAAGAGAAAGUCAGGAUCUGGAUGAGACAUGCAAGGGUGUGUUACCGAGACCUGCACAAAGUAGAAGCCGCUACUAAGAGGAGGAUGAGAGGUCAACCAGUCGGGACCGGUACGCUUCGACGAUUGCCCAAACCAGGAGUAGGAUCGCAUUUCCCCCCCAACGUGCCUUUUGCUUCAGGAAGGCCUAUGAUCCAAAGUACACCUCAGUCGAUAAUGAUACCUCCCGCCCCAGCAGGGACUUUUCCUUUGGCUACGCCUUCUCCUAUUCUCUCCAGCAGAUCGGCCGUCUUUUCAUCUUUACGGCCAAGAAGUCAUUUUGAGUUGCCCAAGCAGUUUGCUUCGCUCACAGCAACCACUCAAAGUCCACCAUCUACUACGGGCAUCUGGGGCGAAAGUGUAUCUGCUAGUGGAUUCCUGUGAUCUUGUUGAACAAUCGGACGGUCGAAUGAUUUGAUUCUCCCUAGGCUAGCUGUUGCCACUUGAACGGACUUCUGCGGCGGAAUGGAUCGCAUCCUGUAUAGUAUGGUACUCUGAAUGGGGUUCUGUCUGGGCAAUCGUCAUAAACGAGUUCAGGGCAGGCGUAGCUGAACGAAAGGUACCGCCUCGACUUAUAGUGUAGAGUAGACGUCAACCCAAGUUAAGCUUAGAUCAACUGACUCGAGCCUUAUGAGAACCUGCUGCUUAACG